GUAAUUACUUAUGUCCACCUCCCUGGAGUGCUUAAUUAAUCUUGCGGCCUGAAAACAGCGCCCGGAAACGUCCAGCCGCCAAAUACGCUGCUCACUUUCAUCGCUUUUUCUUUCCUUCUUUCCUACAUCAAUUCUCCGCCUCUUCCUCUUCCUCUUCCUCUCUCUCUCUCUCUCUCUCUCUCUCUCUCUUCCAUCCACUCUUAUACCUUCCCUCACCUUAUUUUGUGUCACCGCAUCUGAUUCCCCUCUCGUUCUUCCCUUUAAAUUAGAUUCUAGAUAUCUUUUCGUUCUCUUAUCGACGGGAGCCUAUACGCAUCUUGGUCAAUGAACGAUGCGGGGAUCUGAGGCAUCGGGGCCCGGUGCCUACUGGGAUGCUCCCUCGACCCUCGCAACCUCUGUUAGAACCGGCUCUUCAACCUUCCAAACCGGUGUUCCUUUGCAUACUUCCCUCAAUUCGCAAGACGUGGUGUCGAAUAUUGAGCCUGCUUUUGCUUCAGCGUCCUGGGAUACAGAUAAUGGCGGUCGGAUUAGCGUCAGUGGCAAUUCGUCCGGUUCGACCGGUUCGACCGGCAAGGGUAUCUUAAUCGGUGUUCUCUCUGCAUUUGGCUCAGCAGCGGUUGCCGUCAUUGUCCUUGCGGCAUUUUUCUUCUUCAAAUAUACCCAGCGUGGUCGAAUUCUCCUCGAUCGCAUGGGGCGACCUGGUGAAUAUGAUGACGAGCAGGCCUUCUUGCGCGAAGAGGCGGACGCCUUGGAAGCGAUGGAUGAUCUGUCGCGAUCGGAAUAUUUGAGAGCAAAAGCGUUCGUUCAAGCCAACCCCCCCGAGUCGAUGCAGACCGACAUUUCCCUGUCUCAGUUUCUCGCUAUUCAAGAAAAGGGUGUCUCGGCAUGGGAAUUCCAACCGGAAUUGGAAAUCGCCAAUUGUUUCGUCGAGGGCCGGACCGAAAUUGAGUUCUACGAUUCGGAAUGCAGUGUUCAGACAAAUCUACCGGUCCCGAAACAAAACGAUGUCUAUUAUUGGGAAGCAAAGAUCUACGAUAAGCCCGAAACCACUCUGAUAAGUGUUGGCAUGACCACCAAACCAUAUCCUCUCUUCAGGUUACCUGGCUUUCACAAAACAUCGGUCGCGUACCAGUCCACUGGCCAUCGGAGGUACAAUCAACCCUUCAUACCUACUCCAUACGGCCCUCAGCUCACACAAGGCGAUGUUAUCGGUGUGGGAUAUCGGCCCCGCUCCGGUAUAAUCUUCUUUACUCGUAACGGCAAGAAAUUAGAAGAUGUAGCCCACGGCCAAAAAUCGCAGAACUUCUUUCCAACGGUUGGCGCUAAUGGUCCAUGCUCUGUCCACGUCAAUUUUGGCCAAAUGGGAUUUGUUUUCAUUGAAGCCAAUGUCAAGAAAUGGGGUCUGGCUCCGAUGACUGGUAGCCUGGCGCCUCCUCCACCCUACGGAAGCGAACAAGGUAGUAUAUUACUUGAGUCCGGCCGAGAAAGCACCGCCCACGGUUCCCACCGGGUGUAUCAGGAUCCUCACUACGCCCAAACAAGCCCAACGGUGAGAAUCACUCCGUCUGUCAGCCCCGGUCCCGUUCGAUCUCCUACCGAUAUUUCGCUCGCGCAGCUCUCACAUAUACCUUCGAAUGAGGAUGUUGGAGAAGGCUCCAGCCGCACAAAUGGAAGCGAUGUCGAGCAGGUCCCUCUGUUGAAUGCGGAUGCUCUCGACCAGAUUCCACCCCCGGAGUACUCCAGCCCUGAUGGAAGUCGAAGAGGCAGCAACGACCUCUCACUACACGACCAGCCGCCCAUACCCAGCUAUGAUGCUGCUGUCGGGAACUACCAUCAUGGCCACUCUCACGCGGAUGACAGCCGUUGAGGCCUGCGAUAUACAUGUUGUUUUGACUCUUUCCGCCUUGUGUAUACGAUGUGUUUACCUUUUAAAUUUUGUUGGUAUCUCUUUUUAUCCGGUCAAUUUUAGCGGUUUGGGGAUGGCGUUUCCAAUGGGUGGGAUUUUGCGAUUGGAUUUCAUGGACUAAGUCGCUGGAUGCGACAAUGAUUUUCACGUGUAUAAGGGUCAGGUUAUC